UCAUUGUAGAGAGUCAAUGAGCACUGUGAUUGAGGCCAGUAUUUAAAUGUGUUCCUUCUCAUUUAGAAAUCCACCUUUUCCAAGAUGAAGGGCUUUUUGGUAAUAUUUGCCCUGGUGGCGGCUGCCUCCAGCAUGGAGGAUUUCAGCGGACAACAGGUCCUGCGAGUCCUGCCUGCUGAUGAGGAUCAGGUGAAUCUGGUGCGAGAACUGGAAAAUUUGGAACAUCUGCAGCUGGAUUUCUGGAGGGGCCCCACAACAGCUUUCUAUCCCAUUGAUAUCCGUGUCCCAUUCCCCAGUCUGCAAGCUGUCAAAGUCUACCUUGAGUCCAACAACAUCCAAUACAACAUCAUGAUCCAAGACCUGCAGGGUUUGCUGGAAGAAGAGAGACGGGAAAUGAAAAUUGGUCGUUCCAUGGAGAAUGCACGUUCUACCGACAGCUUUAACUAUGCUACUUACCACACACUAGAUCAGAUUAACGGCUUCAUUGACACUUUGGUGGCUGAAAACCCAGGUUUGGUGAGCAAAGUUGUCAUUGGCAGAAGUUAUGAAGGUCGUUCACUUAAUGUUCUGAAGUUCAGCACUGGAUCCAACCGCCCAGCUUUCUGGAUUGACACUGGCAUCCAUUCCCGUGAGUGGGUCACUCAGGCCAGUGGAAUAUGGUUUGCCAAAAAGAUUGUUUCUGAUUAUGGCCGGGAUGCAUCUUUGACUGCCACCUUGAAUAAACUAGAUAUCUUUUUGGAAAUUGUGACCAACCCUGAUGGCUAUGUUUACACUCACACCACGAACCGUAUGUGGCGUAAAACCAGAUCUCCCAAUACUGGUUCCACUUGUGUUGGUACAGACCCCAACAGGAACUGGGAUGCUGGUUUUGGAGGUGCUGGAUCUAGCUCAAACCCCUGCUCUGAGACCUACAGAGGACGUGCUGCCCACUCUGAGCCCGAGGUGAAAUCCAUUGUGGAUUUUGUCAGAAGUCAUGGAAACAUUAAAGGAUUUGUCUCGAUUCACAGUUAUUCCCAAAUGCUGCUCUACCCAUAUGGAUAUACCAGUGCCCGAGCAGCUGACCACGUUGAACUGGACAAUCUGGCCAGAAGUGCAGUAAACGCCUUGACUUCCCUAUAUGGUACAGCAUACACUUAUGGCAGCAUCAUCACUACCAUCUACCAAGCUAGUGGUGGCACCGUUGACUGGACCUACAAUCAGGGCAUUAAGUAUUCUUACACCUUCGAGCUGCGUGACACUGGACGUUAUGGCUUUGCUCUCCCUGCUACCCAGAUCGUUCCCACCGCCCAGGAGACCUGGCUGGCUCUCACUAAGCUCAUUGAGCACACCCGAGACAACCUCUACUAAGCCCUGUAUUAAUAAAGCUUGUUACUUACAUUUAAGAUAUUUUUCUCACACAUUCAGUAUAUAAUCUGUAUCGAUGCUCUCAUUGCUCAUAAUUAAUGUGACUUAAAUGUGAAAUCAAAAUAAAUUAAUUCACAAAAUAAAAAUGAUAAAAGAUAGAAAA